AUGAGUUCCAGUGAAAAACGGUUACGGCUGAAAGUGGAAGAUGAUGGCGUCAUCGUGGACAACCUCGAGUCUUCUCUCCAAAACAUCUCCGAGAUUGCAGAACCUCUGCCACAAAUUGAUGCAGGUACUACCUCCAGAUUAACAUGCGGUGGUGUCGUCUGCGGAGAUAUAAGCAAAGCUCUUCGCAAGCGUCGCAGUUCCGCGACCCCGAGAAGUCCCGUGACGCCAUCG